GUGCGCAUUACGCAGAGCUCUUAUUAUUGUCCGCUAACUAAUUGAUCAGAACAUAUAUAAUAAAUAAAGCAAGAUCUCAUCCUCGACCUCCCUAAUUUCCCUUGCCACCCUUUCUCUUCUCUCUCUCUUCUCUCUCUCUCUCUCUCUCUCUCUAACUGAGCGAGCAAAAAAAUAUCUUCAUAAUCUUUCUCUGUGAAAAAUUAGGGCCAAGCUUUAGAUCUCGGAGACUAUAGAAAUGGCGGUCAAUCGCAUCCGAUUCUUGCAUUGCGGUCGCUGAUUUUCGGUUGCCGGAAUCGGAGUUGGCAGCGAUUGAUUUCGCCGGUUGAUGCUUCUCUGUGACAUUCUUGUUCGGACUCUCACAUGGACUCGAUCUGGAGCAAUGGCGUCGAGCCUGUUUCUUCUUUCCUCGUCGCUAUCUACUUUGCUAUCGGCUUCCUCGCCGCCAGGUUCUUCCUCGACAAAUUCGUCUUCCGCAAAUUGUCCAUCUGGUUGUUGAGGUAUAAUGGAGCUGUUCCACUAAAGAUUGAUGAUGCAACACGGUCAAAGAUUGUAAAAUGCUCAGAGUCAAUGUGGAAGCUAGCAUACUAUGCUACUGUUGAAGCAUGUGUUCUCAAAAUAACACACAGCGAACCAUGGUUCAGGGAUACUAAAGAAUACUUUAGAGGCUGGCCAAAUCAAGAGUUUACGCUUCCCCUAAAGCUUUACUAUAUGUGCCAAUGUGGAUUCUACACCUACAGCAUUGCUGCGCUCCUUACAUGGGAGACUCGAAGGAAGGAUUUCUCUGUGAUGAUGUCCCAUCAUGUAAUUACUGUUGCCCUGAUUGGAUGCUCAUAUAUUACAAGGCUUUUCCGGAUUGGCUCAAUCACCCUUGCCCUGCAUGAUGCAAGUGAUGUAUUCAUGGAAGCUGCUAAAGUUUUUAAAUAUUCUGAGAAGGAGCUUGGAGCAAGUGUGUUCUUUGGAUUCUUUGCCAUUUCUUGGCUCAUUCUGCGGCUAAUAUUCUUUCCUUUUUGGGUUAUAAAUGCAACAAGCUAUGAUCUCAUUAAGUUCUUGGAUCUAUCAAAGGCCUAUCAUACGUUGCUGUACUAUGCUUUCAAUACAAUGUUGCUGAUGCUACUUGUGUUUCACAUAUACUGGUGGGUACUUAUAUGUGCAAUGGUCUGGAGACUGUUGAAAAAUAGAGGAAAAGUGGGAGAAGAUAUAAGAUCUGAUUCAGAGGAUGAUGAAUAGUUGGAAGAUUUUGUACAAGUCAUACGUUCUCACUGAUGAUGUAGCCCCCUGGGAAUUACUUUUGACAAGUUUGUAGAGGUUUCACUAUGAUCUCAAUUGUUUGCCAUCUAUUGUACCAAAAUUGGAGGGGGUUGGGAACUUUUUGAUUUCUAAAUUUUUCCUCUUAUUCUUGGGGUAGAGAUAAGGAGGUGGAAGACCAUUAAUCUCCUUUUUGAUAUCUUUUUGGUGUAUAAAUGAUAGGUGAUUCCUGUAUAAUUGUUUCUCUGGAUAAUAUUUUGUUUGGAUUAGCCCUAAAACAGAUAAAUGAAGAAGUUGAAAAAGAAAAAGAAAAAAAAAAGACUUUUCUUUUUCCUA